AUGGCCGACGACCACGACCAUUUAACCUCCAUCCCUCGCUCCCCCACGGAUCACAAGCACGAGCACGAACACGAGAUCAGUGGUGUCGCCGCGUCGGACAACAUCAACAUUAACCGCGAGACUUCUCAUAUUGACACCGACCGCGGAGAGAAUCUCAGAAGAAAUAGCAGCGGUAGUGGUGGCCAUUCCAGCCGUUCCCGUAUCAGCAGUGGUCACGAGAGGGGUUUUGUGCAGCCGGCUUCGUACCUGCGACGACGCGGUCUUUCACAUCCAAUGGCACCCUCACAGCCCGAGAGGGCGGUUGAUGUGGAGGAGCAGAUGGGAUUGCGCGCGAUUCGAAAUUUCCUCAAGGUCCGAACGAGUUACGACAUUCUUCCACUGAGCUUUCGCUUGAUCGUUUUCGACACAUCUCUGCUGGUCAAGGAGAGUCUGAAUAUUCUAGUCCAGAAUGGCAUUGUUUCGGCUCCGUUAUGGGAUUCGUCCACUUCGACGUUCGCUGGGUUACUCACCACGUCCGACUAUAUCAACGUCAUCCAAUAUUAUUUUCAGAACCCUGCGACGCUCGAUAAGAUCGAUCAGUUCCGUCUGAACAGUUUAAGAGAGGUCGAAAAGGCACUGGGUGUAGCGCCUCCAGAGACGAUAGCAAUUGAUCCCGAGCGGCCGCUAUAUGAGGCUUGUCGGCGCAUGCUCUCUUCUCGCGCUCGACGUAUACCGCUGGUUUCAAACGACAGUCAGACGGACCGGUCCCUCGUCGUCAGCGUCGUCACUCAGUAUCGCAUUCUAAAAUUCGUCGCAGUCAAUGUCGCAGAGACGCAGAAUCUGCGUAAGCCUCUGAAGGAGAUUCGGCUGGGGACGUAUCACGACAUCGUCACGGCUUCAAUGGACACGCCUGUCAUGGAAGUCAUUCACAAGUUAGUCGAACGUAGCAUAUCAAGCGUUCCAAUUAUCAAUUCAGAAGGCAUUGUAUACAACGUGUUUGAGGCCGUGGAUGUGAUUACCCUGAUCAAAGGAGGGACGUACGAUGACCUGAGUCUCAGCGUUGGGGAGGCUCUGAAGAAGCGGUCGCCGGACUUUCCGGGCAUCUACACGUGCUCGAUCAACGACGGGCUGGACACCAUCUUUGACACGAUCCGCAAGUCACGUGUGCACCGACUGAUCGUGGUGGACGACCAUUUCCGGCUGAUUGGAGUGCUGACGCUGAGCGAUAUCCUACAAUACAUUCUACUUGAAGGCGAGCCGGAGGAGUGGUAGUUCUUUCCUCGCUGCCCCGUCUACCACUUUGCGUGCAACACAUAGUAGUGAUUAUUGGGGAUCUGGAGCGAGUACUCAUCUGAUUCCUGCAAUCGAAAAGAGGGCUCUAGCUGUCCGGCGUCAUCACAUGCAUUACUGCUAUACACCGUUGCUUUAUCAUAUCGCGCAGUUCCGAUCGACCACGUCUUUUCGGACAGGAUUAGGGUUCACCUGCCUCGGUGUAGUGCAGCAGCGCCGGUGUCAAAGAAAGCCAAUACGACAGGAGAAACCAACCCCCCUACCCAGCGGCGCUAAUAUGGUCGACCGGCCCGAGUCUAUACACCAAGAGGCUAUACAACACCAGACUAUACAGACUGCGCGGACUACAUCGUGAUGAGAAUACGGCGUUGAAGAGGAUCUGAAAAUAUGAUGAUGAUGAUGAUGAUGAAUGUGUCUACUGAUAGAGAGAAAGCAAUCAAUUGAGUUUUCUGUUAUACAGCGAAG